UUGUGUCAGACGUCGAUCACUUUCCUUGCACAAGGCACUGACUCCACUGAUGACUUUGGAGGAAGGAAACUCUUCAGCUUCCGUUGGGUAACACCCUGAGUAUCCCUGAUUGGGAUACCUUUGCGCAGGAUGUCAGGUGGUAGCUGUACGUCACGUAGCUUCAGACAUUGUCAACGUCUAACGACCCUACUGCAGCUGCCGUGUCGAUGCCCGUGCUGCCUGCGAUGCUACAGGUGAGCAAGGCCGGAGUAUGUGGCCUGUGGAGAUCACAGACAUCAGAAAUCAGUGCGACAGUGUGAGUGAUAGUUGUUUUUAUAGCAAUGUCUCUGGUCGCUGGGAGGGCAUGGCAUAAGACUGAAAUGAUUUCGUAUCGAAAUGGGAUCCACUUUUGCCACUUUGCCACAUCGAGGGUCACUAUAAGCGACUGAAGGGCUGUGGCUCUUUUGAGUUGCAUAUAGACUCUCUCAGGGGCGGCUCAAAACGGAGUGGCUUCUGCAUGGUUUUGGCCCCAACUUUGCUGGGCUCAGACGAGUGAAAGAUGAGGUCGUAGCUGCUACUGUAUCUAGCCUGAAGCUCCUAGCCUGUGGUUUGGAUGUUGUUGAUGGACUCGUUACUGAAAUUUACUGAACCUUCUCAUGAGCCUACCACUCGUGGUCGUGUUUUCCUGUGUUUUCUAAUCUGUCCUUCUUGGGUGAGCUCCUUGGUUGCAGCUGCAGAACCGGCCUAAACUGGUAAAAAGAGAGCCUUCUGUCCUCUUUGCAAGAUUGAAAGAUCCAAUUGAGCUGUUAGUUUAGCAUUCAGAGCCCCAAAGGCAGAGGUGCUUGGUUCAGCUCCUGGUGUGACAGCACAUCUCGAAAAGCACCGCAAGGAUAUAGCCUGCACCACGCGUGCAACGUGGUGAACCGAACUUUCCGACACGACAAAGUGUGCUUUGGGACCCAUGGGGAUUCGCCCAUGGGGAGGGAGAGGGUCGACUGCCGGGGGCCGCUCUCGGCCAGUCUGCUGGAGGUGCGAGUGCAUGGGCAGCUGCUGGACAAGCGACGGGUUGGACAUUUGAUGGAAUUUGUUACUGUACAUGCAGCAGAAGGGGUUGGUUUCCAAGAGAGCAUUGAACAACUCACAGAUUGCGAAAGAACAGAACUUUGGAACAUCUGGGAACCCAAGAUCAAUCAUUUGAUAUAGUUUUUCAACGGGCGGAAAACAUCCGAGACCCAUUUUUGGCAAAACAUAACAUUUGCCAACAACAUUCUUAAUUAAGGGUUAUAUAAAGUGAAGGUUGUCGUCAGUGUGACAAACCGGGAUCCCGAACUUUAUGACCUCUUUCGAUUGAUGAAUUGUCCUUCAUUGUUUGUUGCAUGUUGCGUAUUGUUGCAUUAGUUUGCCAGCCGUAACAACACACGCACUGCAGACACACACACACCCACACACAUGUUCAACUCUUUCUUAUCAGCACAGUAUUGUCUGCAUUUGUUUUUGCCGAUUCUGUAAAACGUUGACCUUCAUUUCGGGCCAUGUGUUCCACUUGUUUCCCUCAAUGUCGACAAUUUCUGUUAACCUUUCCGAUUUCUCGCAAGGCCUACAUGGCACGCUUUGAGCUCUCCAAAGAUCAGGUGCUGGAGCAAAAGCAAGCCUUUGACGUCUUGGAUCUCGAUGGAAAUGGGAAGAUCACCUUCCAAGAGGUCAAGGAGAUGAACCAGAAGCUGGGCACGCCCAUGUCCGAGCAGGAGCUGUCCGAGCAAUUCAUCACACUUGACAUUGACGGCAAUAACAUCGUGACCUUCCCGGAGUUUCUUAAAGUCUUCGUGAAGGGAGAGUUUGGGAGAGAUGUGAUGCUUCCCAACGUGGACGAAACCAUACAAGUGACCGAUUUGGCAGCGCCGGAGGUCCGACCUCGGGCGGCCAGCUGCACGUUGGACCCUAUCGACGAGUCCAAAAUCGUCAUGAAGCUUUCCAAGCAAAAGAGUGCCGGCUACUAUGUGCGAGCGGCGAAGCAGAUGCUCACAGGGUCUCAGGACAAAGCAGCUUUUGACCUCGUGGAACUCAAUGCCCUGGGCCACGCCAUCCCACAUGCCACUACAGUGGCGGCCGCGCUGGUGGAGGAGAAGCUGGCACAGGUCGCAUCGAUCCACACCGGCUUACAGGAGGUCCCCGACAGCGGUCGGCAUUGCAGGGAGUCCGAGUUAUUUUUUCCAUGCCGGGAUCCGUCGGGGCACUGGUCAUAGAUGUCCCUUAAGCCGACUUAAGCCUUAAUCAUUGCAUUUCACAGAAUGUGUUUCAUUUUUUGCAUGAAAAACAUGAUGGACGGAUGAAAAAAAACAAAAUGUUGUAGGCGUCAUCAUUUUUUGCAUGAUAUAUCGUGACAAUAUCAUGUAAAUCCAAUUGAAACUCGUGGCGACUUGAUCCGAACCUCGCCACCCCGGGGUCUAGCGUAUGGUGUGCCGGCGACUCGCAUGGGGGGCAACUUCUAAUUCACGUUGGUGGCGUAGAUGCCAAGAACAUCCAAGAACAAAGGCAAUCCCAGAUCAGCCCAGAUAAGGCCCAACUAUGGUGAUCCGGAU